CCCGCCUUUUGGGACGACUUUUUAAAAACAAGUCUCGAUCCUCUCUCCCGUUUGCACCAAAGUCCCAUAAAAACCCCCUCUCUCAAGUCUCCGUUUACAUUUCCACAUUACCCAAAAACCCAGCCGUCGAAAUGGAACUGCUGGCGAAUCCAAUCCCAGCCGUCGUGCUCCUCCUCUCUUUACUCGCGGCGGCACCUCCGGUCUCCGCCAGACUCAAAUCCUGCACUAUUACGUACCAUGAUUUCAACAACUCCAACUUAAACACCGAGAAAUUGUACGUAGCCAGCAAUGAUUCGACGGUAGCCAGCGGCGCCCUCCAUGUCACGCUGGAGUCCGAUUACAGCCCACUGACCAACCAAUCCGGUCGAAUUUUAUACGACAAGUCUUUCAAGCUAUGGGAAGGCCGAAAUGACACUUACUCCGACCGAGUGGCGUCGUUUAACACCUCGUUCCUUGUGAACUUCGACCAAAAGAUCGGUUUCCCUACCCCUGGUGAAGGCCUGACGUUCGUGGUGGCGCCGGACCUCAAUCUCCCGCCGCGGAAUAGCUUCGGCGGGUACUUGGGUCUAACCAAUUUCACCACCGAUGGCAACAUUUUGAACCAAAUUCUCGCAAUUGAGCUCGACACAUUUAAACAAGAUUUUGACCCGGAUUCGAACCACGUCGGACUUAAUAUAAACUCCGUCAUAUCUGGCACCACCACCUCGUUAACCCCACUCGGGUUUGAACUGGUUCCGCCCUAUGGAACGCACAAUUUCUUCAACGUAUGGGUCCAGUACGACGGUAUCAAAAAGUUCGUCGCGGUUUACAUGGCUCAACAAGCAAACCCAACGGAUCCAACACCUCCCAGACCCGAUACCCCGAUUCUUACAUCAUAUCUGGAGCUCAGAGGGGUCGUAAAUCAGAACUCGUAUUUCGGGUUUUCGGCAUCCACGGGCAACUCAGCAGAAAUCAACAGAGUUUUACGGUGGAACUUGACAGUGGAAUACUACUACGACGUUAAUUGUGUGGAGAUUGGCCUUAUCGUCGGGAUACCAACGGUGGUACUUUUACCUGCGUCGCUGGUUUUGGUAUACUACUUCCGAAAGAGGUGGUUAUCGCGACGAUCGGAUCAGCAAAUGUCGAGAAAGGUGAAGAUAAUGCCUGGGAUGCCGAGGGAGUAUCAGUUCAAAGAUUUGCAGAAGGCUACAAACAAUUUUGAUGAGACGAGGAAGUUGGGAGGAGGUGGGUAUGGAGUGGUUUACAAAGGGUAUUUGGCGAAUCAAAAGGAUUUGGAAGUUGCGGUGAAGAUGUUCUCUAGAGAGAGUUUGAAGGGUGGUCAGGAUGAUUUCUUUCAAGAGCUUACAAUUAUCAAUCAACUCGGCCACAAAUACCUUGUCCCAUUACUGGGAUGGUGUCACAAGCACGGAAAGCUGCUGCUAGUUUAUGAAUACAUGCCCAAUGGCAGCCUCUACCAAAACCUCUUCGGCAAUGCCAACCGCAUGCCGUUGAGCUGGACUCUCCGCCGCAAGAUCAUCACCGGGGUAGCCUCUGCCCUCCACUACCUCCACAAUGAGUACCAAAAGAGGGUGGUCCACCGUGACGUCAAGUCCAGCAACAUCAUGCUUGACGCCGAGUUCAACCCCAAGUUAGGAAAUUUUUGCUUCUUGGUCUAG